ACUGCCCAAUCGGGUGGCCUGGGGAGGCGGACUGGGUUUCCUUCUCCGAAGCCCGGAUCCUGAGGAGUUGAGAGCCGCUCCAUCUGAUGUCUGUCUCUCGGCUGCGGGCUGCGUGGGAAGGACGCCGGGAGACCCUCCAGCCGCGCAAUGAAGACAGUGACCUUUGAGGAUGUGGCUGUGAACUUCUCCAUGGAGGAGUGGGCUUUGUUGGAUCCAUCCCAGAAGAAGCUCUACCGAGAUGUGAUGUGGGAAAACUUUAGGAAUGUCACUGCUAUAGGAAGAAACUGGAAUGACCAGAGAAUGGAAGAUGAGUUCAGAAAUUACAGAAAAUCACUAAGAAGUGCAGAGGUGGAUAAAUGCUAUCAGUAUAAAUUAUGGUAUCAGCAUAGAGAACUGGCUCCUGACACAAAUGUGCAGAUGGAACUGCUUGGUACAAAACCAGGUGAAAGCCUUGCAUGCGGAAAGCCUCCCACUGGUCAUCCAUCACCAACCAUGCCCAUCACACGGAACACUGGACUCAAACCCUGUGAGCUGCAUGGAUUUGAACAGAAGCCGUCUCACUGUAACACGCAUGAGAAAACCUCUGCUGACUUUCAGUCCUUUCAGAAACAUGGAAAGGCGCAUCCUGAAGAAAAAGCCUAUGGAUAUAAGCAAUGUGGAAAAUCCUACUCUGAUUGCACUGAGGGAAGUAAUGCUGAGGAGAAAUCCUUUGUAUGUAAGCAAGACGUGAGAGCCUUCAGUACACACAACUUUGUUCAAAUCCAGGAAAGAGAUCACAGUAGGGUGAAUACCUGUAUGUGUGUGCAACAUGGAAAAGGUUUGAAUUCUCACCAUGAUAUUCAGAAACAUGAAAGAGCUCACACUGGAUCAAAGUCCUGUCUUUGCAAACGCAGUUGGAAAUCUUUCGAUAAUAACAUUUCAUUUGAUAAUCUUGGGAGAACUCACAUUGGUGGAAAACCCUACCUAUGUAAGCAGUGUGGGAAAGCUUUCAGCAAACACACACAAUACAAAAUGCACGAAAGGACUCACACUGGGGAAAAACCCUAUGUCUGUAAGCAGUGUGGGAAAGCUUUCAGCACACAAAGUCAUUGUCAAAGACAUGAACGAACUCACACCGGGGAGAAACCCUACGAAUGUCACCAAUGUGGGAAAGCCUUCUUGAGACACAGUCAUUAUAAAACACAUGAAAGAACUCACACUGGGGAGAAACCUUAUGUGUGUAAGCAAUGUGGAAAAGCUUUCAGCUGGCGCAGUGAAUGUAAAAUACACGAAAGGAUUCACACUGGGGAGAAACCGUAUGUAUGUAACCAAUGUGGGAAAGCUUUUAGCAGGCAUAGUUCUUGUCAAAUCCAUGAAAGGACUCACACUGGGGAGAAACCCUAUGCAUGUAAGCAAUGUGGGAAAGCUUUCAGCCACCACAGUGGAUGUAAAACACAUGAAAGGAUCCACACUGGGGAGAAACCUUACGUAUGUAUGCAAUGUGGGAAAGCUUUCAGAACACACAGUCAUUUUAAAACACAUGAAAGGACUCACACUGGAGAGAAACCCCAUGUAUGUGGCCAAUGUGGGAAAGCUUUCAGCAGGCACAGUGAAUAUAAAAUACAUGAAAGGGCUCACACUGGAGAGAAGCCGUACGCAUGUCAGCAGUGUGGGAAAGCUUUCAUGACACAGAGUCUUUGUAAAAUACAUGAAAGGACUCACACUGGGGAGAAACCCUAUGUAUGUAACCAAUGUGGGAAAGCUUUCAGCAGACAAAGUUCUUGUCAAAUACACGAAAGGACUCACACUGGGGAAAAACCCUAUAUAUGUAAGCACUGUGGGAAAGCUUUUACCACACAGAGUUAUUGUCAAAUACAUGAAAGGAUCCAUACUGGGGAGAAGCCCUAUGUAUGUAACCAAUGUGGGAAAGCUUUCAGGACACACAGUGAAUGUAAAAUCCAUGAAAGGAUCCACACAGGGGAAAAACCUUAUGUCUGUAAGCAGUGUGGGAAAUUUUUCAGCAGGUGCAGUGAAUGUAAAAUACAUGAAAGGACUCACACUGGGGAGAAACGUUAUGUAUGUCAGCAGUGUGGGAAAGCUUUCACCACACAACGUUUUUGCCAGCUGCAUAAUAGGAUCCACACUGGGGAGAAGCCCUAUGUCUGUAAGCAGUGUGGGAAAGCGUUCAUGACACAGAAUCAUUGUAAAACACAUGAAAAGACUCACACUGGGGAGAAACCCUACAUAUGUCAGCAGUGUGGGAAAGCUUUUACCACACAUAAUUCUUGUCAAAUACAUGAAAGGAUCCACACUGGGGAGAAGCCCUAUAUGUGUAAUCAAUGUGGGAAAGCUUUUAGUAAGCCCAGUCAGUAUAAAAUACAUGAAAGGAUUCACAAUGGGGAGAAACCCUAUGUAUGUAAACAAUGUGGGAAGGCUUUUAACACACAUGUUAAUUGUAAAACGCAUGAAAGGAUCCACACUGGGGAAAAACCCUAUGUAUGUAAGGAAUGUGGGAAAGCUUUCAGCACACACAUUUACUGUAAAAUACAUGGAAGAAUUCAUACUGGGGAGAAACCCUAUGUAUGUAAGCAAUGUGGGAAAGCCUUCAGCACACUUGGCAAUUGUCAAAUACAUGAACAAACUCACACUGGGGUGAAACCCUAUGUGUGUAAAGAGUGCGGAAAGGCUUUUAGCACACACAGUUUAUGUAACAGACAUGAAAAGAUUCACACAGGGGAAAAACCCUAUGUAUGUAAUCAAUGUGGAAAAGGAUUUAGCAGGCGCAGUGACUGUGAAAUACAUGAAAGGAUCCACACAGGGGAGAAACCUUAUGUAUGUAACCAAUGCGGGAAAGCUUUCAGCAGGCGCAGUGAGUGUAAAAUACAUGAAAGGAUCCACACUGGGGAGAAACCCUAUGUAUGUCAGCACUGUGGGAAAGCUUUCAGCACACACAAGAAUUGUCAAAGGCAUGAAAGGAAUCACACGGUUUAGAAUCCUAAUGGAUGUAAGCAAUAUGGAAAAGCCUUUCAGUUACUCUAGGAAUCAUCAUAACAUUAAAAAGUUAAGAGCCAAUGAACUCUGAGUACAUAAAGUGACCCGCACUGACAUGAAAGGACAGCGCAGAGAAGCCUUUGUGUGCAUAAUAGAAAAUCUUGCCGUGCACAGGUGUGAUUACACACCUCCAUUCAAAGAACAGAAUCUGAAUGUAUUCGAGCAAUGUGGGAAAUGUUUUAUUUUUCUCAGUGCGUUCAAGUUCGUGAAAGAAUUCACAAGAGAGGGGAGCAGUAUGGACGAAACAAAUAUGGGAAACCAUUCCACUGUUUGACUUACCUUGGAAAUAAUGAAAGGAUUGCCACUGAAGAGAAAGCCUACGUGUGAAAGCUUGUUAUGAUCCUCAUGACGUCUGAAAACAUGCUAAAAAUCAAAAUGAGAUUUGGUAUCACUACCAAAAGUGAGAAAGCUAUAAAUCAGAGACAGGAGUGUGUUAGCAAUGCGUUGCAGUUCCAGAGUGCGUGCAGAGACAGUCUUCUCCAAUAUAGCUAUGGUUAAUGCACUGAUUGGGUUGGAAAGUUCAUUAUAAUGUUCAAUUCAGAAUAACAUCAUCUUAGCUGGGCGUGGUGGCGCACACCUGUAAUCCCAGCACUUAGGAGGCUGAGGCAGGAGGAUCG